CUGUGGGCAGGGCAGGCUGAAUGAAAGAAACAGGAAGUCGGUCUUUUCUUCAGCGACGCCGCACAUGACUGUCAGCUGGUCCGCGUCACGUGAACACAACUUUGCGGAAAAGGGCUAGCUGAAAAUGGCAGGACCGAGGUGCUCCAGUCGAGUGCGAUUAAUGGCGUUUAUGGCCUUUUUCCUCGCCGUUCUCGCCACAGGGAGCUCCACGGCCCAGGUUCCAGUUCUCCUCUGGUCCAGCGACGGGUUACCACCACUGGCCUCACCUGCAGCAGGUCACAUCAUAUCCAAUGACCAGUUGACCGCCUACCUCAGCUCUGCCUUUGGCUCUGGCCCCCACACUGUGCUGUUGUUUCUGCAGGAUAAGUUAAGCAAAGACGACUUCACAGUCUUUGGUGGAGUGUAUGGGAACAACAAGGAUAGUGCCUUUCAAAACCUUGAGGCUGAGCUGCAUUCUUCUUCCUCAUCGGUGACGCUUCCUGCGGUAGAGUGGUCAGGCUCCUCUGCCAUCCCAGCUCUGCUGCAGGAAAAGCUCGGUGUCUCUCCCGUGCUUGUAGACGCAGACACUCUGUCACAUCUCAGCAUCAAUGCAUCUGUCAGCAAUCUGCUGCUCAUCAGUCUUCCAUACUGUACUGGCUCACAGAAGCCUUGCAAGGAAGUCCUACGAGACAAUGACGAGAUAAUUGGGCAAGUUCUGAGUUCAAUGAAAGCCAAAAAUGUCCCAUACACUGCAAUUUACACAGGACUUCAGCCUUCACGAGUGAUUUCGGAGACAUCUGUGUCUUCCCAGGCUAUGGGACGCUCGUUGCUUCAAGCAGAUGUGACCAACAGCACACAGCUCAUCAUGUUCAAUGGAUCUGGUGGCCCUUGCAUCAUGCUUUGGGCUCAGAGUCUCAGCAUCAGCCUCUCAAGCACUUCAGACUGGGUCGAUCUUGCAAAACAAACACCUGACCUGACAGGAUCCAUGUGCAACGGCACUAGCUCUCUGCUUGUCCUCAAUUAUCCAGGCAUUGUACUAAGUUUUGCCAUGAGUCAAAAGUUCUAUCCUGUGUCCGGACGAAACUGGUUCACCCUGGACACGGUGCAGCUGCAGUCUAACAGUCUCACAGCAAAUUUCCUUGGGGCGAGAGGCAUCUACGCCCCUGCAGAGUAUUCCUUCCAUUGCCAGUCCGUCAACAGCUUCAGAGACGCUCUGCUAGUGCCAAACAGCACCGCGGGGAACACUACCGCAUGGAGGCUCAAUUUUAUCGACUUCCAGAUUCAGGGCUUCGGUUUGUCCAACGGAACAAAUUUCUCCUACGCCAGUGACUGUGCAAGUUUCUUCACUCCAGGGAUUUGGAUGGGACUGCUGACCUCACUGCUCAUGCUCUACAUUUUCGUGUACGGUCUGCACAUGAUCAUGCAGUUGAACACGAUGGAUCGAUUCGAUGACCCUAAAGGUCCAUCGAUUUCAGUGCCUCAGUCAGAGUGAAGAACUCACACACACAAAACACGCACAUUUCUCAGUACUUCAGUGCCUCCUCAUAAAUCAUGGACUCAGGAGGGUCCAUUCUUGUCUUGUCGCUUUUGUGCAGUUGGGCCUUUUCCUUUGAAUAUGUUCGUUAGUCAGAUUGAUCUCGUCUCUGAUAUUCCCCUCUGAAGUUUUCUUUCCUGAACCUUUCUACAGCUGUCUUUGGGAUAUCAUUACCCUAGAAGGGACAUUCCAGUUCAUCUCUCCACAUGUGCAAGUGCCCAAAUUGAAGCAGCUUCAUAUGAGCUGAUUUUGAGUGCAUGUGCUAAAAGAUGUUUCUGUGCCAGACACAGUGGCUGUUUUCCAAAAAAAUAAAUAAUUUGCAAUAAUUUAUUUUACCAGAGAAUGCCGUCGGUGCCAACAUGAAUGUGUUUGCUGGAUGUUGAAGGACCGUUUCAGACCUCAGUUCUUACUUUUUCAGCUGUGCAACUGUAAUUUAAAGACUACUGGUUAUGAAAGAUGUGCCUGUAUAUAAAAACUAGAUUGCUGUAUGUGAAUGUGUCCUGAAAUGUUGCCUUUUUGGAAUUGCCUUAUGAAAGUCUGUUGUAACGUCUCCUAAGAUUUGCCAUUCAAGUGCCAUUAAAUCUUUAAAACUUUUCUUUUUUUCAGAAAAUUAUUUAUUUAUGUUAAAAAAAAUCUCUGCUUGACUACCCUUAAGAAUAAUGUUUAUCAAUGAAUUUGAUGACAGUGCCUCAGCUCUGCUUUUGUCAAACUUACUGAUGUGCAGUUGCCAUGACGUGUACACCGUCUUUAAUUGAAAAUAAAGAUGUUUACAAAUUG